AUGCAAAAAGAGAAACCAAACGGCAAUACCGAUAAUUUCACAAGAACAACAAGAAGCGACACAAACCACUCCUUCACAUUCACCGAAGACGGAGAAAAAGAUAGAACAACCCCAGAAAUAACCCCUUCUCUCAUAGUGAGACCUUGCCUUAUUGGCGAAAUCAAUCAACGAGAAUUUGAUUCUGUGCUUGCCAGUGUAGACUAUCAUGCCCCGUCGCACGUCUAUGAACCAACAGUUCACACUUCACCUAAUGACUUGUCGACCUUGAGUGUUUUGAGUACGACCACUAACGCCACUGAGGCGGUAUCAGUCAUUGAGAAUAUUUCUGUCAGUGAUAAUAUUGAUGGUAAUAGAUAUAAUAUUGGACAUAAUUAUAAUACUAUUGGAAAUAAUAUUGGCAGCAAUUUUGUUAGAAACAAUAAUAAUCGUAUCGUUCAACGGAUCGAGCGGUCCACACAAGUCACCAAAAUCAUUAUGGAUAAUCAGACAGGAAAUGUCGAUUAUUCGAAAUUAAGAAAAAUGAUUGAGCGGUCUUCAGGCGCGGAAAACGAUCCAGCUGUGUUAUCAGAAAAAUUUUCAAAACCAAUGCUGACAAAAAAUAAUUUAAUGCCAGAGCCCUCGACAAACUUGCAAACACAAAUGCAUGAAGAUAGUGAGCUAAAAAUUGCAUCUACUGUUAAACCUCAAAGUAGCAUUAAUGAUAAUAAUGACUUUACGAAGGAAACGACAGUAACAACUAUGCUAAAAUCCGCGGAAAAUAAUAAUGCUGUCCCAACUUUCUCGAUCAAUUCCCCAGAAACAAUAGAAGAUAUAAACGAAAAUGCCAGCCAAUCUCAGAUCUAUGAAGAACUCAGCAAUAACUUGAAGGAACUAAGUAGGCCGAUUCUGGCACACCCCGAUGAACAGGAUUCAGCGUCUAUUUCUUCAAAUGAACUACAGUCAAAAGUGCAAGAUAUAGAAUACAAAAAAAAUAUCGAACCUCAAAUAAUUGUUAAUGAAGAAACUAUUCAUGAUUUCAAGACAAAAUCCGAUGAUGAGAAUGAUGAUGAUGCUGUUGUUGAUAUUGAGGAUGAGGGUGAUAUUUAUAACGAGGAUAAUGUUAAUAUUGAUAAUGAGGAUAAGGGUGAUAUUAAUAAUGAGGAUAAUGUUAGUGUUGAUAAUGAGGAUGAGGGUGAUAUUUAUAAUGAGGAUAAUGUUAAUAUUAAUAAUGAGGAUAAGGGUGAUAUUAAUAACGAGGAUAAUGUUAGUGUUGAUAAUGAGGAUGAGGGUGAUAUUAAUAACGAGGAUAAUGUUAGUGUUGAUAAUGAGGAUGAGGGCGAUAUUGAUAAUGAGGAUGAGGGUGAUAUUGAUAAUGAGGAUGAGGAUAAUGUUAAUCAUAAUAAGACAGAGACAGCAUAUUCUUCAACCGAAAUGCAACCUAAAAUACAAGACACAGGAAAAAGAACAGCCGAGACGCAAACUGAAGAGUUCAUGAAUUAUGUGCAGGAAUCAACAUCAUUGUUUCUGAGAAAUUCCAAUGAUUAUUCAUUACAGGACGUUGAAAUCAAAAAAACGGCCGAACCUCAAAUCGAUCGUAAAAUGAUCAUUAACCUUAUCGUGGAUCUUCCACAGUUUGCACCUUUGAAUCAUGACAUACCAAUACCACCAAUAAUAAAUUAUAGAACGGAAUAUGACCGGGAUGAGAAUAUUCAUAAUCACACAAGCGAAAUUGAGCAACUACGCGAAGAAAAUGAAAAGCUGAAAUUGGAAUUACUUGCGUAUAAGAAAAAUACAAGACUACAUGGAAUAAGUUCCAGAGCGACAAAAUUGGAUGAAACACGUAACAAUAUUAAAAAAGACAAACUUUAUUAUAAGCUACAAUUAAGUAGAAUAGAUAAUCUCGAAGAGACGCAACUCACGGAACUGAUAAAGGAAAUCAUGCUAAUUCUCAAAGUCGAUGAUAUGGACCAAAUCGUACCGUCAAUCGAACAAAUAGACAAAGUGGUGCGACUGGUCCCACAACUAUCUGAUUUCAUCAAUAAAGUGGUGGAUAUUGUUCUCUGUGAACAAGACGAAGAUGAUGAUCCUUAUCGAGUCAAAAACUAUAAUAAAAAAGCCAACUCGGCGGUGGGUGCUGGCAGCAGCAUUCCGCCUGAACAAAAAUUAUGUGCCACCAUUGAAACGAUACUUCAAUGGCGUGACACAGUUAAGGAGAUGGAACAUAUGGUUUCGCAUCUUUUACAGAAUACUCAGAAAAAAUGGAGCAAGCAAAAGAAUAAUGCGCGUCGAUAA